GGCUGAGUGUGGCUAAGAUGGUGCUGCUUUUUGCCAAGCUCCAGGAUUAUGUCCAUGGAUAAUUCAACAACAUCCUCAAUAUACACAUCAUACUAUUAUAGCAGCAGCGGUACAUGCACAGUUACAGCCACAAAUAUGGGGAGAGCUUCGGCAUUGACUUCCGAACUCUCUACUUUUGGAGAACUCAUGAUGUUCAAAGAUGCCAGGAUUCUAUUCAUAUCACAUCACAUCAUAUCGCAUCAGAUCACAUUGUAUGAAAUCAGGGUCGUAACAAUGCAGAAGCACCAAGCCGCGUAUGCGGCAACGAAUAUGGAAGAACAAGAUUCCGCAGCGCUUAACAAGCAUACUUCCAGCAUCAAUACCGAAGACUGCACGAUCUCAUCCACAAACUCAACCUCGCCGUCUACUUCCCCGUCGCCACAUAGCAAGCCCUGUACCGUAUGCCAUACACCUCGCGAUGUACUGAUACGAUGUCAAAUUGACGACACGAAAAAAUGGCAUUUCGUAUGUACAGGUAGAUGCUGGAAAGAUGUUAGCGGAGGGAAAGUAGAUGGUGAUGGCAAACAUCCAGCGUAUAGAUAUGGAGGGAUGUGGAAGAACAAGCAUGAAGCGGUUAGUGCGAAGAUUAAGGGAAAAGCGAAGGAUAAGAAUCGGAGGAAGGAUGCUGGCAAGUCGGAGGGCCAUCUGACAAUUGGAGAAGUGGAAAACGGAGUUUGAACGUUGAGGAGUAGGUGUACAGAGGAACAGAGGAACAGAUAAUGCUUAAAAUGGACAUCAAUCAAACCCA